CGUGCGGGCACUAAGACCGCAAGGCAUUCAUUUCCUCCUACGGUGGAUGCGCACGCUGGGAGGAGAGCCCCUGAGCUAGGAGCUGGGAGCGGAGGCGCAGAGAACACGUAGCGACUCCGAAGAUCAGCCCCAAUGAACAUGUCAGUGUUGACUUUACAAGAAUAUGAAUUCGAAAAGCAGUUCAACGAGAACGAAGCCAUCCAAUGGAUGCAGGAAAACUGGAAGAAAUCUUUCCUGUUUUCUGCGCUGUAUGCUGCCUUUAUAUUUGGUGGUCGGCAUCUGAUGAACAAGCGAGCCAAGUUUGAACUGCGGAAGCCGCUCGUGCUCUGGUCGCUGACUCUUGCCGUCUUCAGUAUAUUCGGUGCUCUUCGAACUGGUGCUUACAUGCUGUACAUUUUGAUGACCAAAGGCCUGAAGCAGUCAGUUUGUGACCAGAGUUUUUACAAUGGACCUGUCAGCAAAUUCUGGGCUUAUGCAUUUGUGCUCAGCAAAGCACCCGAACUAGGUGACACGAUAUUCAUCAUUCUGAGGAAGCAGAAGCUAAUCUUCCUGCACUGGUACCACCACAUCACUGUGCUCCUCUACUCUUGGUACUCCUACAAAGACAUGGUAGCUGGGGGUGGUUGGUUCAUGACUAUGAACUAUGGCGUACACGCCGUUAUGUACUCUUACUAUGCCUUGCGGGCUGCAGGUUUCCGAGUCUCCCGGAAGUUUGCCAUGUUCAUCACCUUGUCCCAGAUCACGCAGAUGCUGAUGGGCUGUGUCAUUAACUACCUGGUCUUCAACUGGAUGCAGCAUGACAACGACCAGUGCUACUCCCACUUUCAGAACAUCUUCUGGUCCUCGCUCAUGUACCUCAGCUACCUUGUGCUCUUCUGCCAUUUCUUCUUUGAGGCCUACAUCGGCAAAGUGAAGAAAGCGACGAAGGCUGAGUAGUGUCAGAACUGAGGAGGAAGACAUAGCUCAGGGUCAUCACGAAAAAUAAUAGACAAAAGAAAAUGGCACAAGGAAUCACAUAUGGUGCAGCUAAAACAAGACAAAACAUACGUAUGAGCAGACACUAAGCCCAAGGCAGCUUGGGAGUGAUGAUUAGGUUGUAAGUUUAUGAUCCUUUUUUGGGUGAGGACUCGCUGAGCGCAACUCCAUCUCAAAUCACUGCUGCUGAGGGACCCCUUCCCUCUGACCUGUCAACUCUAGAACACACUAGAUACCAAGGCAGCCACGGGCAAAGAGAUUAGUGAACAGCAAACAAACCACUGCAGGAAGAAGGGGGUUGGGGGGAAUCUAUUCAGAUUCUUGUUUGGUUUGCUUUUUCUCUAAGGAUAAAGGAGUUUCCCCUUUUCAAACUGUACGAGCACACAUACAGACACAGACACAAUCUUUUCAACAUGAAACCAGAGCUGGUAGAAAAGAUAAACAUGGAAGAGACAGGGUUUAUAUCUAGGACAGCAAUGCUUUUGCAAAAAUCUAGGCCUUUAAAAGAAAGGUUAGCUUGUAACUCCUUGACAAAAGUUGUCUUAAUUAUUUUUACUGCAACUGAAAAUAACAAGGUAGAUACUUUGCCCUUCACUGCACAGCCUUGGGCUGGUGUGUUUGCUACAACCAAACAGAGGACAAUACUUCCCCGUGAUUCUUUAUUUCUGGGAGAAAGAAAACCAUACAGCCCAAACCCCAAGAAGGUGGCCUAUAGCAAACCCUGCAAUUGAAGCAUCACACUGACAACUGUUAUUUCUGCUCUUCGGUGAGAUAGGAAGCAUCCAUUGUUCAGUUACCCCAAACUUUAAGAUGGAGAAUGCAGAAUUGAAAAGAAAGAAGCUCAACUGGCUGGCUUGAAAAUGGAAUCUUGUACUAUCUAUAACAAAACCCAGCCCGUCGCCGCUGGAGCUGGUAGGGAGAAAGGACGAUAGGAAGAGACCGGAGCUGAAGAUUCAUCUAAUACAGACUGUUCGCCUCCCUCCCUGUUUGACCUCACACAUAAUCCUGGCUUUCUAAAUAAGGCCCUGUGACACAGUCCGUGCUUUCUAUGUUUUUGUGACUUUCAAAAACAGAUCUGCAGGACUCUGCCUGAUAUGGGGUAAACACUGUGUUUCUGCAGCCUCUGCAUUUGCACCCUUAAGCAGUGCUGAGGCGUGAGAAGUGCCCUCUGCUGGCUUAGUGAGAAGCUUCAACAUAGUAGGUUGAAAUAGCUGACCACAAAGGGCCUGCGUAGAUUAAACCCUAAGUUCUAAGUGCUGUCAAACACCUGACAUAUAUUUGACCAAAUCAGAAGAGAGAGAACCUCUAUGCUUCAAGUAAGCUUCAAAAAAUUUUAAGGUGACUUUCACUUGGGAACUCAGAAAGUCAAUGUAUUAAGAGCCAUAUUCUUAACAAAAAAAGAAAGAAAGAAAAGAAAAAAGAGCUAGACAAUGUUAUCUGUAAUAUUUCAGUCCUCUACAAGCCAAAUAAAUGUGUCGAUGUUCCUAAUAUUUCAAAGACGCAAUUACGUAAAGUUGUUAAUGUGAUAUAAUAGUAUUCUAAUUGGUUAAGUAGUUUAAUAAUUAGGCAAACUAGCAGAAACAAUUAGAUUAUAGACACAUAGCCACAUACACACAGAAGUGUGAGGUACACGGGAGCUGUAAAGCCCAAAUCAAUAGCAACACAAUUUUUGGCUAGCAGAAACUAUCACCUAUCUUCCUUUACUUGAGAGUGUACAGUAAAAGGGAUUUUUUUUUUCAAAUUAUUUUUCUAUUAUUUUAGCUUUAAUUGUGCUGUCAUUCAUGAGGCAGCUCCUCGGCCUUUCUGUGAGAGAUGGCAUGGGUGUUUUCAUGUGGCUUGUGUGUGGAAUUGGAAACGAAUAAAAUCUGAUCCCAUUCUGUGGGAACAGGAUCAAGAGUGAACAAAGAAUCCAUGCGGAUCAAGUCAUGACUGAAAGACUGGGGUGGUGGGGAGCCAAGCAGGGGCUGGAGUGAGCUGUGGCAUCCAUGUUAACAUUGUGUGGUGGCUGAUGGAUGAGACAUGUUUGAAGGGGUGUGUUAUCAGGGUAGAAGUUAACUGGAGAAGAAAGUCUAGAAGCCACUACAUCCAGUGGAGUCUUAGGAUGUACUUGUUCCUUCGAGCUUUGUAAAUGCACAGUAGUGUACAAUAAUAAGCCUUUCCCUUGCCUUAUAGAAGAAAGUGAGCAAAAUAAUGAAAACCAGGAGGCCACCCAUCAGUUGACUUGAGUCUAAUCAAAAGGCCAGCUUGAGGCUCAUCUGGUUGGUUCAGUUUAAUUCAGAUAUUUAUCAUAGAAUACAGGUUACAAUAUGGAAAUCUCAUAAGCAUAAACUUUUAAAAAGAUUAAGCUAUGCUUCCAAAGCACUUUAAUCUCAAUGUUCGCUUCAUGCUCUCUUCACUUGUAAAAUAACUUAGACUUUUCAUUCGCACAUGAAUAUGUAAUGAAUAGUUUCAAAACCAGCUAAACUAGAGCUACAGGCAAUUCCAGUGUUCAUCAUGGGAAGAAAAAGCCACAUGUUUUUUAAAAAACAGAAUUCUGAUAUAGGCUCAGCACACAGUUUAUAACAUAUCAGCUUAGCUGCUCCAAUUAUAUCAAGAUACGAGGCUGGACCACUGGCCUAUGACACAUCUGAAACCUGCCAGAGAAUUGACUGCCACAUAGAUAUAAUACUGCUGUCGGUGAACAUUCCGGGCAAGCAAGUUUUUGUAGCUGCCCCACUAUGCUGCAAUAGAUUAUCUUUCUAUUGAAGAUUUCUCGCUGCAUUCCAAUCCCCAGUGUGGUGGAAACUUAAUUCCUGGAUUGAAUGAACACAAAUCCGAGAUUUCAUAUAAACGCAGUCACGUUCACUAGGUCUGAGCAUCAACUCAAAUGUGUUGAGUUUGCAAUGAAAUUCUAGUGAGAAUCACUCCGUUCACACAGUAGGAGAUUUUUAUCUGGACCUUCUAGUGUCACUUGUGAGAAAAAUAACAGCUAUCAUUAUUAUUUAUUUAUUGUAUUUAUAUCCAAUGCCAGGCCAAAGUAUUGAUUUAAAAUCACAGCUUAUUUCAAGCAGUGUCCCCCCCCCCCGCCCCCAUCUUUCUAAUCCUUCUGCACUAUAGAAAGUUGAGACUGGAGGGAAAAUGCAUAUGCAUUGCUGCAGGGGAAAGCAGGUUUAUUAAUCCUCCAGCUGUCUUUAUAAGAUGAGACCGAUUGAUCCACUGACCAAUGUAGCUCAGGCAAAAGCUUCAUGUGGGUAGAAUAUCUACAGGAGCCUAAGAAAACACUUCCAGAGAAGGUAACCACAGAUUAUUUGUUGUUUUGUUUGUUUGUUUGUUUUAUAUCUUCAUGGCAACAUAAACCUAUCACAGAGUUACAAAGCACCAUUACACUGGGGUAGAAUGUUCCAGAAAUCUGGCUAUAUUCCCAGGCUGCUCAAUUACCUGGGAGUGCCUGGUUACUAUCUUGUUCUGAUAGAAGGAGCUUUUGCUCAGGAACUACCAGAGAUAGACACCAAGUCAGCCCUAGCACAUUCUGAGAGCCUUUUCCAGGCAUAGGUAAUGGAUCUUCUGACUAUUGGAUUGCCUAAGUGUCAAGCGAGUACUAGGAGAAUGGAGACAGAGUAGACUCCACCCCUUGAGUUCUAGGUUUUGAGUUGCAUUGGCAGGACUGGUGACUAGACACAGUUCCUUGUGGAAGUGUCAGUGCGAGAGAGGGACAGUUGUGAGAAAAUCAUGACAGUCCAGAGCUUUCCAGCCUUCAAAUGCAUCUUUUUCCAGUCUUUGUUUUAUAAUAAAUAUUUUGCUCUCAGUUUGGGACAACAGUAGAGUCUGUAGUCAUUCGAUCUACAGCUUAAAAUAAUUCUGUCCCUGUUCUUACAUACAGCACCCAUUUCCUGGUGCCUGAGGUCCCUGCCAUCAAAUAAUGAUUUGGGUGAGAAUUCACAACAUAUCAUGUGUCACUUCUGCAUAUUGAAGUGGCAUCUAAUAAAGCAAGGACAUCCUAUUCUGUGUGAACACGCAGUAUGAAGCUCUGCAUCCUAGUUGGUCAUUGAGCCAACAUCCUCUGUACCCAAUAGGGACACAAAACAGAUGUUGGUGCCUGUACAGAAUUCUCAGUGCCUGUUGUGACAGACUGUGCUUAGAAACACACGUGAGCCAUAAAGCAGGAACCACAGGUGAAACGGCCGAUUAAAGUCCACCUACUCCGAGCAUCGUAGGAAAUCCAAAAGCCCAUUGUAUAAUCUAAUAUUGUCCUCAUCCCCAGAUACUUUGAAAACUAGGAUUCUCAGAGAGGUGGAUACCUACGCUUCCAUUUUCUCACAACAGUCCCUAGAGUCAUUCUGGUGGGUGCAGAGCCUAGAGUGUUCUGGGUGGUUGUUUGGGGGAGUCUUGGAAACUGUACUUUGAUUGCAGGUCAGACAAAGCCAAAUCCAGAUACUUCUGUGUCACUCACCACUUGUCCACACCCACCCACAAAACAAUUAUAGUCAAGUUCUCCUGGAGUACCUAGCUGAUUACUCCCUCGGAUAAGGAUGCAACCAUGUUUGCAACCCAGUUAGGAUACAUUAGAAAGAGCCUGACUCACUAGCAUCUAAACAAUAUUAUUUUCCCAAUGCUUGGUGGCACUUAAGACUUCUGCUUGACAAAGAUCCAGGUGUCACCUGGUGGUGCCUCCUACUAGUGUGAAUGUGUUUCAGUGAAGUAUGGGUCUGAGCAUGAUCGGGCUGGGCUUUUCUCACUGCUACUCCGAAAAUGACUGGCAUUCUGCUUCUUAGGCCCUAAACCCAUAUUCAGAGGGAAAAAUUCACUACCAAGCCUCACAGCAAAUCACAGUGUUGGAAUUCUUAUUUUCAAGUGCUUAUCUCACAACAUUGAAAAAUAUUUUUGGUGUAUUAAGAUUUAAAAUAAAGUCAUCAUAACUUUUGAUUUAGAA